UACUCGCGCGAUCAUCCAUUUCCUUUCUCUCCGGAAGUGAACAAAGUGGCAGACGCACGCCGUCGUUUGUGCUGACAAAAAGCAAUCCUGGAUCUUAAAUCUCAUCGCAAUCAGUACACACUUCACGGAAUACGAUUGCUCACUCGAUAACAGCGGUAACUUGCUACUGGGAUGUCCCGUUUCUUCGCAACUGGAUCCGACUCUGAGUCGGAGGAGUCGUCAUCCGCCGAUGAGAUCACCCCCAAAACAACCGGGACUACUUAUACCAAGCAGGCCCUGUUGUUCAGCGACGAUGAGGAGGACACGAAGAGGGUGGUGCGCAGUGCCAAGGACAAGAGGUUUGAGGAGCUCACCAAUUUGAUCAAGACCAUCCGCAACGCCAUGAAGAUCAAAGACAUUUCCAAAUGUCUGGAGGAGUUUGAGCAGUUGUGUCGAGCGUUUGUCAAGAGCAAAAAUAUAGUGGACAAGGAGGGCGUACCCAAGUUCUACAUCCGCCUGCUAGCUGAUCUGGAGGACUACCUCAACCAGCUAUGGGAGGACAAGGAGGGCAAGAAGAAGAUGAACAAGAACAACGCCAAAGCCCUGAGCACCCUGAGGCAGAAGAUCCGCAAGUACAACCGCGACUACGAGUCCGAGAUCGGCAACUACAAGGAGAACCCCGACCAGUCCGCCGAGGAAGAGGAGGAGAAGGAUGAAGCCGAGUCCGGUUCCUCCUCUGACAGUGAUGAUGAUGAUGAAGAUGGAGGAGAGGAGGUCACUGCUAAGAGCUUCAUGAAGAAGAAACCUCCCGCUGAGCCUGUGCCCGAUGCCAGCCAGUUCCUCAAGGGGGCACCGGGUGAGGAGUCGUCCAGCAGUGAUGGCGAGGAUGAUGAAGACUGGGGCUCAGACACGGUGGAGAGCGGCAGCGAGAGUGAAGAGGGCGACGCCAACGCUGCCUCACUGGCCCAGGUCUUCCUCAAGAAGACGGAGGGGGGCGACCGGCAGGGCUCUGACCGCAGGAAGGAGAAGGAGGCGCGCAGGAAGCCCAAGCAGAAGGUGGAGCGGGCUGAGGAAGAGGAGGGCGAGGAGGCGCAAGAUGAGGGAGAAGGCUGGGAGAAGGUCAAAGGAGGCGUGCCUCUGGUCAAGGAGAAGCCCAAGAUGUUUGCUAAGGGCACAGAGAUUAACACAGCUGUGGUGGUCAAGAAGCUCACUGAGAUCCUGCAGGCCAGGGGCAAAAAGGGCACAGACCGGUCGGCCCAGAUCGAGCUGCUCGAGGCCCUGUCUGCCAUCGCUGCAGAGAAUAAUCUGGGCGAGGGCAUCUUGGUCAAGAUCAGGUUCAACAUCAUCGCCUCCCUCUACGACUACAACCCCAAUCUGGCUGCCUUCAUGAAGCCUGACAUGUGGAAGAAGUGCCUGGACUGCAUUGUUGAGUUGCUGGACAUCUUGUUUGACAACAACAACAUCUUCAUCGGAGAGAACAUCGCUGAGGAUAGUGAGAUGCUCUCUGUGUCAGACCAGCCCUUUAGAGUGCGAGGCUGUAUUCUAACUCUGGUGGAGAGGAUGGACGAGGAGUUCACCAAGAUCAUGCAGAACACAGACCCCCACUCCCAAGAGUACGUGGACAACCUGAAGGACGAAGCGCGUGUGUGUUCCAUCAUCGACCGCCUCCUGGCAUACCUGGAGGCGAAGGGCAGCACGGAGGAGGUGUGUCGCGUGUACCUGCGCCGCAUCAUGCACACCUACUACAAGUUCGACUACAAGGCCCACCGCCGCAGCCUGGGCCUGCAGGGAGAGAGCAAGUCUGAGCAGGACCAGGAGGAGAGUGAGGGGGAGGACAGCGCCAUCAUCAUGGACCGCCUGUGCAAAUUCAUCUAUUCCAAGGACCGCACCGACCGCAUCAGAACCUGCGCCAUCCUCUGCCACAUCUACCACCACGCCCUGCACUCCCGCUGGUACCAGGCCCGCGACCUCAUGCUCAUGAGUCACCUGCAGGACAACAUCCAGCACGCCGACCCACCUGUGCAGAUCCUGUACAACAGAACCAUGGUGCAGCUGGGCAUCUGUGCCUUCAGGCAGGGCAUGAUCAAGGACGCCCACAACGCCCUGCUGGACAUCCAGUCGAGCGGCCGCGCCAAGGAGCUCCUGGGCCAGGGCCUCCUCAUGAGGAACAUGCAGGAGAGGAACGCCGAGCAGGAAAAGAUCGAGAAGAGACGACAGGUGCCCUUCCACAUGCACAUUAACCUGGAGCUGUUGGAGUGUGUGUACCUGGUGUCGGCCAUGCUUCUGGAGAUCCCCUACAUGGCCGCUCAUGAGUUUGACGCUCGGCGCAGGAUGAUCAGCAAACAGUUCCACCACCAGCUCCGAGUUGGGGAGAGGCAGCCUCUUCUGGGGCCCCCUGAGAGCAUGCGUGAGCACGUGGUGGCUGCCAGCAAGUCCAUGAAGAUGGGAGAUUGGCGCACCUGCCACGCCUUCAUCAUCAACGAGAAGAUGAACAGCAAGGUGUGGGAUCUCUUCCCAGAGCAUCAGUGCGUUCGUGAGAUGCUCGUCAGGAAGAUCCAGGAGGAGUCACUACGCACAUACCUGUUCACAUACAGCAGCGUUUACGACUCCCUCAGUAUGGGGACCCUUUCUGAGAUGUUUGAGCUGGAGUUACCCACAGUGCACAGUAUCAUCAGCAAGAUGAUCAUCAAUGAGGAGCUCAUGGCCUCCCUGGACCAGCCCACACAGACAGUAGUGAUGCAUCGCACGGAGCCAACGCCCCUCCAGAACAUGGCCCUGCAGCUGGCUGAGAAGUUGGGCGGCCUGGUGGAGAACAACGAACGCGUCUUCGACCUCAAGCAGGGCGUCUACGGAGGCUACUUCAACAGAGAUCAGAAAGGAGGGUACCAGCAGAAGCAGGGCUACCAGAGAGAUAAUAGUGGUGGUGGUGGUUACCAGCAGAGGGGAGGCUAUCACAACAGAGACCAGAGUGGUGGUGGUGGUUACCAGCAGAGGGGAGGCUAUCACAACAGAGACCAGAGUGGUGGUGGUGGUGGUUACCAGCAGAGGGGAGGCUAUCACAACAGAGACCAGAGUGGUGGUGGUUACCAGCAGAGGGGAGGCUAUCACAACAGAGACCAGCAGAGUGGCGGCUACCAGCAGAGAGGCGGCUACCGCGGCGGCUACGGCGGUGGCGGCGGGUACGGCGGUGGCAGAGGCGGUGGCGGCGGCUAUGGUGGUGGCGGCGGCUACGGCGGUGGCGGUGGCGGCGGCUACGGUGGUGGUGGCGGCUACGGCGGUGGCGGCGGCUACCGCAACCAGACCCACAGCAACUACUGAUGCUGAGGCGGUCUCCAUGGCAACCACAUCCCAUCUCCAUUCCAAACCCCCCUGUCUGGUUACAAGCGCUCCACCUGUCGCUGCUGCUGCUGCUGGCCCAUCCCCACACUCACGCCUCACUAGACUCACCUGAGCCCCU